AAUUGAUUGAAGAAAACAAGGAGAAGGAAGAACUCCGUGAAGUUGAGGAGAAAAAUCGUGUAAAAACGGGAGAAAAUCCCUUGAGUUGCUCUCAAACCAAACAGAAAUAUUUAAAGAAAAGAAGAGCCAAGAAAUCUUUCACCUGCACUCAGUGUGGAAAGAGUUUCACAUGCAAAUAUAGUCUUAAUGUUCACAUGAGAGUUCACACUGGAGAGAAACCGUUCACCUGUGAUCAGUGCGGGAAGAGUUUCACACAAUCAUCAAACCUUAAGAGACACAUGAACAUCCACACUGGAGAGAAACUGUAUGCAUGUGAUCAAUGUGACAAAACAUUUUUGCGGGCUUCAAACCUGCCAACACACCUGAAAGUUCAUGCAAAGGAGAAGCCACAUUCAUGUCAUUUGUGUGGAAAGAGUUUUUCAUGUCUACAAUAUUUGAAAAAACAUCAGAAAAUACAUACUGGUGUGAGAGAGUACAUGUGCUUUGAGUGUGAAAAGACUCUGAAAACACAUGAGAUGAUCCACACUGGAGAGAAACCUUAUAAGUGUUCACACUGUGACGAGAGAUUCAGUGAUUCAGGAGACCUGAAACGGCAUGAGAGGAUCCACACUGGAGAGAAACCGUACAAGUGUGCACACUGUGACAAAAGAUUCAGACUGUCAGGACAUCUGAAAACACAUGAGAGGAUCCACACUGGAGAGAAACCGUACAAGUGUUCACACUGUGACAAGAGAUUCAGUCAGUCAGGAGAUGUGAAAAGACAUGAGAGGAUUCACACUGGAGAGAAAGCAUACCCAUGUUCACACUGUGACAAGAGAUUCAAUCAGUCAGGAGACCUGAAAACACAUGAGAGGAUUCACACUGGAGAGAAACCUUACAAGUGUUCACACUGUGACAAGCGAUUCAGUGAUUCAGCAACUCUGAAAACACAUGCGAGGAUCCACACUGGAGAGAAACCGUACAAGUGUUCACACUGUGGCAAGAGAUUCAGUGAUUCAGGAUACCUGAAAAAACAUGAGAGGAUUCACACUGGAGAGAAACCUUAUAUGUGUUCACACUGUGACAAGAGAUUCAGUGAUUCAGGAGACCUAAAAAAACACGAGAGGAUUCACACUGGAGAGAAACCGUACAAGUGUUCACACUGUGACAAGAGAUUCAGACUGUCAGGAACUCUGAAAACGCACGAGAGGAUCCACACUGAGUAA